AUGUCCACAGGGGAGGCCGCGGAGACGGCCGAGGCCCGGGAGCCCAGCAGCAGGAUCAAGUUCAGCAGCCCUCGCCAAAUCCCGAUAGUCGGAGUGGUGACGGAGGAUGAGGAAGUGCAGGGUGCCUUCAAGUCUAUGGACCUAAAUCGUGUCAUCAAACUCUUCGAAGAGACUGGUAAAGAUGAUUUGGAAGAAAGACAACUUAAAUCUGUCAAGAAAUUGGUGCAGUGUUAUCAAAAUGGAUUUCCCUUAAGGGAUUUAGCACAGAUAUUUAAAAUUCUGAAUCUGUGUGCAGAAAAAAUUAAAACACAGCCCCAUUUUAUAGAACCUGCAUAUAAUAUCAUAAAAUUAUGUGGCUUGCCAUUUUUGAAAAAGAAAGCAUCAGAUGAAAUAACAUAUGCUGAAGAUACUGCUAAUUCAGUUGGACUUUUGGGUGACUUAAUGAAAAUACAAAAUUCUGAAUUGAGGAUUCAAAUUUGUAAGUGUAUUAUUGACUUUUAUCAUGCAGAACCACCAAAAAAGCAUAUUACAGGUUACCAGCAGGCUAGUUCCUCAUAUAAGAUUAAAAUGGCUGAAGUUGGAGGACUGGCAAAAACAAUGAUCCAGUCUUUGGAGUUGCUUGAAAAUCAACUUGUUGAGAAACUUUGGGUACUUAAAGCUCUGCAGCACCUCUCAACUUCUGAAGUUAAUUGUACUUUAAUGGUGAAAGCACAAGCAGCCAGUGGAAUCUGUGCUCACCUCAACGACCCAGAUCCCUCUGGACAACUUUUAUUUCGUUCAUCUGAAAUACUUUGGAACUUACUGGAAAAAUCUUCAAAAGAAGAAGUCAUACAACAGCUUAGUAACUUGAAAUGUUUGCUGGCUUUGAAGGAAGUAUUUAAAAAUCUGUUUAUAAGAGGCGUUAGUCAUUAUGAUCGUCAGCUUAGAAAUGACAUAUUAGUGAUCACAACAAUUAUAUCUCAAAAUCCUGGGGCACCAAUGAUUGAGUCUGGCUUUACCAGGGAUUUGAUAUUAUUUGCAACAUUUAAUGAAGUUAAAAGUCAAAAUCCUUUGGUAAAAGGUCUUAAACUUUCUAAUUCCUAUGAAGAUUUUGAGUUGAAGAAAUUGCUGUUUAAUAUAAUUGUGAUCUUAUGUAAAGAUUUAUCUACUAUACAGCUGUUAAUUGAUGGCAAAGUUAUUUUGGCUUUGUUUACCUAUGUUAAAAGGCCUGAGAAACACAAAAUACUUGAAUGGUCUGCAGCACAGUAUGAAGAACUACAGCUGCACGCAAUUGCCACUUUGUCAUCAGUGGCUCCUUUUUUAAUAGACGAGUACAUGUUCUAUAGUGGAAAUGCUCAAGUCCUUGAAUUUCUAGCAUGGUGUGAUAAUGAAGAUUCCUUCUUUAGUCAUGGUAACAGUUUUCAUGGUGCAGGUGGCCGUGGCAAUAAGUUUGCCCAGAUGCGUUACAGUUUAAGACUCUUGAGAGCCAUGGUCUACCUUGAGAAUGAUACUAUAAACAAGGAUCUGUGUGAAAAGGGAGCAAUUCAGCAACUAAUAGGAAUCUUUAAAAAUACAAUAAGCAAGUAUAAUGAUAAGGAAGAGGCCAUUCUUCUGGAAAUUCAGUCUGAUAUUUUACUUAUAUUGUCUGGUCUUUGUGAACAUCAUAUUCCUGGGAAGGAAAUUUUUGGAACUGGAGGAGUGGAUAUAAUUCUUCAUGUAAUGAAAACAGACCCCAAGAAGUUACAGAGUGGAUUAGGCUAUAAUGUACUUCUUUAUAGUACACUAGACAGCAUUUGGUGCUGCAUUUUGGGAUGUUACCCCUCAGAGGAUUACUUUCUUGAAAAAGAAGGCAUUUUUCUCCUUUUGGAUUUAUUAGCAUUGAACCAAAAAAAAUUCUGCAAUCUAAUACUUGGAAUAAUGGUUGAAUUUUGUGAUAAUCCCAAAACUGCGUCUCAUGUCAAUGCUUGGCGAGGGAAGAAGGACCAGACAGCUGCUAGUCUUUUAAUUAAAUUGUGGAGAAAGGAAGAAAAAGAACUAGGAGUAAAACGUGAUAAAUAUGGGAAGAUUGUUGAUACAAAGAAACCUCUAUUUACUAGUUUUCAAGAAGAGCAAAAAAUCAUACCACUGCCUGCUAACUGCCCAACUAUUGCAGUUAUGGAUGUUGCUGAGAAUAUCAGAGCAAAAAUUUAUGCUGUGUUGGGCAAACUAGAUUUUGAAAAUUUACCUGGCUUAUCUGCUGAAGAUUUUGUCACUCUAUGUAUCGUACAUAGAUAUCUUGAUUUUAAAAUUGGAGAAAUAUGGAAUGAAAUAUAUGAAGAAAUAAAAUUAGAAAAGCUAAGACCAGUCACCACAGACAAAAAAAUUUUGGAAUCUAUUACAGCAGCAUCAGAAAAUAUUGGAAAGAUGGUUGUUUCUCUGCAAAGUGAGAUGAUUGAAAGCCAAGCACGCCAAGAUGUGCAAAAUGAACAAAAAGUAUAUACAAAAAUACAAGCCACACACAAACAAAGAGAAUUGGCUAAUAAAUCAUGGGGAAAUUUCUUGGCCAGAACAUCAAAUGCUAAAACUUUAAAGAAAGCAAAAAGACUUCAAGAGAAAGCUAUAGAAUCCUCUAGAUAUGGUGAAAGACCACCAAAUGCAAUAUUUCACAGGACAGAUAUUAAAGGCCUUAACGCAACGGUGCCCUCUGGUGGGGUAGUAACAGUGGAAAGCACUCCUGCCCGAUUAGUGGGAGGACCUCUGGCUGAUACAGAUAUUGCUCUUAAGAAACUGCCUAUUCGAGGAGGAGCCUUACAGAAGGUGAAAGCAGUAAAAACUGUGGAUGAGCCAAAGAAGGGUGAUCCCACAUAA